CCGUUACGCAACGACAUGCAGUUGUCAAUUAUUUGAAUUUUUAUGUUUCAAUUCUCAAAUAUGAUAAGAACAAGCCGAGCCAACCCUAGCCGAGCCGUUCCCUCACCGUCAACUUCAACCGUCAUGCAACCCAAAGCCAUUGCCAUUGAUGCUAAACGGCUCCCCCCCUCUCCCGGCCCGGUGACUUCAACGGCUCGACCGUACCGUAUUACUCACUCUCCCCCCGACACAUUCGGCUCACGCGUCCGGCACUUCGUCGCCGACGCAACCUCUUUAACCUCUAACCCUUAACCCUUUACCCCCUAACCCUACCAACUCCCUUCUCUCUUCCACCCCCGAUCCCGUUCCCGAUCCCGAUCCCGACUACCCAAAUCUCAAAUCACCGAUCACGUGCCGUAUUUUUGUCUCCGUCGCCUCCGCCGCCGCCGCUCCCUAUGGGCGACUUGAACGAUUCCUUGACACCGUCGUCGGGCCACUCCCGGCCCAUGCCCGUUCGUGAAGACUGCUGGAGCGAGGAGGCUACCUCCACUCUCGUCGACGUUUGGGGCCGCCGUUUUGUCGAGCUCAACCGGGGGAAUCUUCGCCAGAAAGAUUGGCAAGAUGUGGCUGAAGCCGUCAAUGCCCUCCAUGGCCACUCCAAGAAGACUCACCGUACUGACGUCCAGUGCAAAAACCGAAUCGAUACCAUUAAGAAGAAGUACAAGAUCGAGAAGGCUAGAGUAUCCGCUUCCAACGGAUCUGUAACCUCGUCUUGGCCCUUCUACGAUCGCCUCGAUGGUCUGAUUGGAUCCAAUUUUUCUCAGAAGAAGCCAUCCACCUCGAUGUCUCAAUCUCCGCCGAUGGCUCGUCCUCUCUCGUACCGGAAAGCGCCGUCUUCGGGGACUGCAAAUGCGGUUUCUGUUGCCAUUCCGCAGAAGCGCCCAUUGGCGGCAGUGGAUGAUGGGUUUUUUCGCAGGAAUUAUUCGGCCAUGGCUGCCGCGGCUGCUGCUACAGAAGCAGAGGAGGACGAGGAAGAGGAGGAGGCGGAAGCGGAGGCGGAGGCGGAGGCGGAGGAGAGGGGAAGUGAGGAUGAGGAGGGAGAAGGAGAGGGCAUGAGAAGGUUGGCCAAAGCAAUAGAGAGGUUUGGGAAGAUGUAUGAAAGAGUGGAAGCAGAGAAGUUGAGGCAGAUGGUGGAAUUGGAGAAGCAGAGGAUGCAGUUUGCAAAGGACUUGGAGGUUCAGCGUAUGCAGAUGUUUACGGAAACUCAAGUUCAGCUCGAGAGGAUCAAGCGCGGGAAGAAAUCGGGUUCCAAUGUUUGAAGUUCGUUUUGAAGGGUUCUGCUGUUUGAUGCUCUUCUUGUUUCCUACGUCAUGUAUUCGUGAGAAGUAACAGAGUCAACUUCUGGAGUUUUACCAACGUUGUUUCUAAUUGCAUUAGGAUUUAACCUUUGAAGAUACAUACAUACCUUUUAAUGAUUAUGUCUAAUAGGAAUGGUCUUCUUUGAAGAGGUUAUUCAUUUUUGUUAUUUACUUUUGCUUUUGGUUUCCCCUGAUUCGCUUUGUCAAAUAUGUGCUAGUGGUGGACUGUUGAUUUGGGAAAUCUAUGAACUCAUGGAGAGUCUAAACUGCUUUUCUCU